UGCCUCGCAUUCCAUGAUAUUUCACCCCAAGCUCCAACACAUUUCCUAGUGAUUCCUAAGAAGCCAAUUGUCAGGUUGUCUGAAGCAGAAGAUUCUGAUGAAUCUCUUCUUGGGCAUUUAAUGAUUAUUGGCAAGAAGUGUGCUGCUACCCUGGGCCUGACGAAUGGAUACCGGAUGGUUGUGAAUGAAGGGCCUGAGGGUGGGCAGUCUGUCUAUCACGUUCAUCUCCAUGUUCUGGGUGGCCGCCAGCUGGGCUGGCCUCCUGGCUAGGAUUUGUACUGCACAAGAGUUAACUGCAUGCAAUCAAGUCACCACCACAUAGAUCUAAUAUGUUGUCCAUCAAUCUAGCCACUGUUGAUGUAGUUUGGUUUUUUUUAACACAUGUCUACAGAGGGUAAUAAACGCUCUGAACAACAUUUGCACAAUAAAGAUUAAGCAUGUGGGAAUC